AUGGGGAAGUCAGCUAAAUUCAAGUCUACCAAUGCCAGUGAAGCACCCAAAGCAGUUGAAAAAGAAAUCAAGUCAGCAUUGAAGGGAAGUACAGCUACAAUCACGACGCAACCAUCGGUAACGUCGAAUGUAUCUAGCACCAAAUCUAGUCUUAAUCCUAUCCAGUUUCGAAUAUUUGUAGGAUCUUAUGAACAUAACCUUCUUUGUCUUUCCGUUAUUCUUGACCCCAAGAAUGUCAAAGAACCAGUUUUCCAGCCUAUUUUCCAUUUCCAAGCACAUUCACUCUCCAUCAAGUCGAUCGACUUGGCUAAAAGGUAUCUUGUCACUGGAUCAAACGAUGAGCAUAUUAGGAUAUACGAUUUGCAGAAGCGUAAGGAAUUGGGGACCUUGUUAUCACACCAGGGUACAAUCACUGCAUUGAGAUUCUCUAGAGAGGGUACCAAUACAACGUCGGAGGAUGCAGAUGCUACUGCAGAAAGCUUGCAUGCAGGCAAGUGGCUUCUCUCCGGCUCAGAGGAUGGUAAGAUUAUUAUUUGGAGAACCAAAGAUUGGGAAGUUUUUGCAACACUUAAAGGUCACCUGGACAAGAUUAAUGAUCUCAGCAUUCAUCCUUCGGGACGAGUUGCAAUAAGUGUUUCUCAAGACAAAACCAUCCGUUUGUGGAAUCUUAUGACCGCAAAGAAAGCCGCUGUAUUGAAGAUCAAGGGUCGUGACCAUUUGGGCCAUUCGGGGCAAUUUGUCAGAUGGAGCAGUAAUGGGCAGUUUUUUGUUGUUGGAUUGAACAAUCUGAUAUUGCUUUACAAGACUUCUACUGCCAAAAUUGCCAAGAAAUUAAAGUUCAAGAGUACCUUGAUGUGCAUAGAGAUUGUCAAGUUUGACAAUAAAGAGUGGAUGAUUAUAGGGUUUGGAGAUGGUCUGAUUGGAUUUUACGAUUUCGAAGAGAUUAUAGAGUCCUUGGAAGAAGGAGACGGAAAAGAUAAAGAUAAUGAAGAUGCAGUGGCAGACAGCAAUGAGAACACUUCUAUUGAUGCGGUCUUUUUGCUUCGUGGACAUACCAAUCGUAUCAAGGAUGUGCAAUUUUACCAAAGUGUAGACACGCAGGAUAUUCCAUUCCUAAUUUCAGUUUCAUCGGAUGGUAAAGUUGUUAUUUGGAACUUGUCGAUAAAAGACCAGGUGGCUAUCUAUGAUACUGGUGAGAGGCUCAAUUGUGUUGUUUGUGCACCAGAACAUAUUGAAAAAGUUGAGACCAUGAAGAAACGUUUUGCUGACGAAGAAGAGGGAGAAGCCGAACUCGAUGGGUCAGAAUACGAAACUGAUGGUGAAGAGAUCAAGACCAUUAUGAGUGGAAAGCAAAACAAAAGGGGAAAGAGCAGAAAUGGCAAGAACAACCACAAUAACAAGAAGAAAAGAAAAGUUAAAGUAACAUUAGAAUAA